GUUCUUCCCGACUCAUUUACAGCUUCUUUUGCCGAAGCUAACUAGUCCACUGAGCUCCAUGCCAAGGCUCCUCUUAGUCCUGCCAUAUUUCUAACCUCUUGUUUGCCUUGACGUGCGCUGGCUCCUCCUUGCGCUUCUCUUGCGAGGCUAGCUACUUGCCUAUGAUUUUUCCUUUUCACGUCUUUUCUUUGCGACGUACGCAGUAGAUGAGCGCUAGAUUACUCUGUCCCUACAGCGCGUCGAGGUAGCAAGAAUAGAGCGGCGCGUCAUCUCCCGCCACAGGAAUGGAGACGGUGGCAGCGGGAGCAGGCGGCGGGAAUAUCAAGAAGGGUCAGGUCAAUGGUCUUUCCUUUCGGAAACAAACGAAAGAAAGAAAAGAUGAUCGGAGACGACCUGCUAGCUUCGUGCGAUGGUCACUUGCAGUUAUCCUACGACUAGCCAUAUGGUAUGCCCUAAUUACGCCGUUAUUCUACUGUCCAUCAACCCUCCCAGAAUUAGAUGGCAAUUAUCCAAGCAUUUGCUCGCCGUAUUUGAUUGCGCGGUCACACAUAGAGCCUCAUAUAUCGCCGUAUUAUGAAACUUACGGAGCUCCCUAUGUCGACAACGUACGCCCUUAUGCACGCACUUUCAACGAGCAGAUAUACAUUCCUACUGCCGAUUUCACAAAACGCAAUUACCGCGCAUAUGGAGCGCCCCAUAUUGAGAAGUCCGCAUCGUAUAUUCGGAACCAGUGGGAAGGCAUCGUGACACCGCAUAUUCACUCACUACAAACCUCCUUGACUGGUGCAUACCAGUCAUCGAUUGAGCCGCAUUACGCACAUAUUGCUUCAGUAGUAACUCCCUAUUACUGGACAGCAGUUGCCCGCCUUGAUAACGUGCGUCAAUCGUAUAUUGCUCCCUUUUAUACGAAAACGAAACCAGUUAUUGUCAAAACAUGUUCCUCCACGUAUGAUAUUGUGGUGAACACGAUAUAUCCGUUCAGUAAAAGAGCAUGGUCGUAUCUGGUGACAUUCGUCAAUGAGACAUUCCUACCUAGAAUUGCUAGAGUCUAUGGCGAGAAUGUUGAGCCUCAGUUGCUUAGGAUUGGCGAGAAGCUCGCAAGUUAUCGUGAAGGCCGGAAGCUUGGUGCUGUUGGUGAAGAAACUGAAACUUUAACCGAAACAUCCGGUUCAGCCACCACUGCUUCAUCGCCUGCAACUACCGUGGCACCGAAGACUUCUGAAUACAGUCACUCGACCACUUCUACUUCCACAUCUGUGGUGCCCCCCGAGCAAUCAGUGGAUAAAGUGAGCUUUGCGCGUGAAGCCAUAGCCACAGAUUUGAAAACAUGGCAACAAAAGUUCGCCAUUGCGGCUGAUAAAGGAGCCGAAGACCUCGAUGAACAGGUCGCGAAGAUUGUAGAGAGCUACGUGAACGACGUACAGGGGUCUGGCGAAGCACUCGUUUCCGAGUUAGAAACGGUGGGGCAUCAAGAGCUCGAAUCUCUAAGAAAGAAAAUUAUCGAUAUCAUCCGUGAUAUGCCUGAUAAAUCUACCGUUGAAGAUCGCGAAGCCGCUGAGCAACAGUUAAUACAAGCUGUUAGGGCAUCAGGUUUUGCUCUUCGGGAAGCUGCGCAGAAGCUCCGACAGUGGCUGGCGAACUUUGAUAGGAGCCUUCAUAUGGAGGUAACCAGCGCUUCUGACGCCACAGUCGAAGUCCUUGACCAGAUCCGUGACCUCAGCCUUCAGAAUAUUGGGAUGAAAUGGGCGUGGAUGGACGGUGUGACAUACAAAGAUUGGGCGAAAUAUAAUGCGCUAAAGAAGCAACUCCAUAGCUGGCGGGAGGAAGUUAGAGCAGUUGGGAUGCAGCAUGGCGCUUACGAAGAAGCAAAGGCACUUGGAAAUGAUAUUGUCAACAAGGGUAUGGUGAUUGCUGAAGCGACGGCCAAGGAGCUAGCUAGGCUCAAGGCGGUUGGGAAGUGGAAGAUUGAAGCAGAGGAUAUCAGCGAUGAUUUUGAGACGAGGACGAGUGAUGCAGCUGAAGCUCGUGCCAGCAAGAGAGCAUCAAUGGUUCCAGACAAACCCGAAAUAAUGCCAGAUCCUGAAUAUCAAUCCAUGUUAUCGCCUGAGGAUGAGCUCAACGAGGGAGAUUCUUUUGAUAAAGAUCACUCCAUCGACACUGACACAUAUAUCGGCGUCGUUGACGAUACGCCGGAAGCUAAUGACGAAGGAGACUCCGAAAACAGCGCGUAUUUUGGAGACGAACACGAUGCGCCACCAUCUGAAAUAUUUUUCAAUGAUGUUCCAAAACAUGAGCCUGAGCUUGAGCCUGUGGCCAUCGUAGAUGAUGAGGAUGCUAACAAUGAGCCUAAUGUUUCGGGUGGAGUUGACGCUGCAUUCAUAGAGCAUGACAAUCAAGCGUCUGCUGAUACUCCUGAGCAGACUCUGGGUGAUGUCCCAACCCCACCCCACCAGCAAUCGUUUUCGUCGACCGUAUCUCCGUCGGCGAGAGUACUCUCGGAGCAAUCCUCUAUUCCCAUGCCACCCCCUGAAGCCAGUUCCCUUUACUCAGACUCGAUUUCUCAGGCUAAGAAUCUCUAUGACAGUGCACAUUCAGCUGCCAGCGCUCAGAAUUCUGGAGCCCCAGACGAAGGAAUUGUGUCGUCGAUUGAAUCUGCUUACUCGGGGUCUCUCCAACACGCGAGUGAAAACCUUGAAUCUCGGCUCAAAGCAGCAUCAGAAUACGCAGGGAUUCGCCUUAGCCCUACCCCAACCCUGACAUUAAGCGAUAACAUCCUCGCUAGUGCUUCCGCAAAGCUGCAAAAAAACCUCGAGCGCGCAUCUCUCAGCCUCGCAAGCGCAGUGGCAAGCGGCACUGACGAAACAGAGCUUCCCGGCCAGCAAAUCAUCCUCGAUGCACGCCGCCGUUAUUACGAAGCCGUUCGCCUUGCUCAUGACGAAUAUUCCAUUUUUAUCGACUCCGCAUCUAGUUCCGUGCCACCUACUAAAGAAACCACUAUUACUAACACUCCGAUCAGCAACAAGCCCAGCAAGCUAAUUCUUGAGGAAGCCAAUUCUGAAUUCAGUGUCGUAUCCUCGCUAGCAUCUGCCAGUUUAGAUGCGGUUCUGUACUCUAUUUCCUCGGUAGGGACCGCCAUCGAACCGGCCAAAGCGACUAGUAUUAUUGAGGACGCCUCUUCGAGAUAUCACGAUGCACUCUCUGCUGCUACCGCAUCACUUGAGUCGGUGUCGUCCACCGCGAGCAGAAUCGUCAGCUCUCCGACGAAUGCUGCUGCCCACGAAACAGGCAAGGACGAGCUAUAG